UGUGUCAUUUCUAUCCUUCGUAGCGUCCUAAACUGUCAAUUUUUUAAGUCUUAAAAAUACAAUUCUUCUUUUCUUUAUUAAGUAGGUAACUUGAUUCUACUUGAAUCUUUAAACUGUAUCGUCCCCAACUUUUAAUAGUGAGCAACCUUUGGAAAAUACCUCAUUAAACAGAAGCAUCUCCAAUUGAGGUUAUUGUUUGAUAUUGUCAACAUCGCUAGUUCAUUAAUAUAAAUGAAUAGUGAAAAGAGAAAUGCCCGUGGAAGAGGUCGGGGUCGUGGCCGUGGCCGAGGGCGAGGUCGUGGCCGUGGUCGAGGCAAAAAAGUGCCCAAAGUGAUGUCGUCUGACGAAGAAGAAUGUUCCAUGGAAGAAACUGCACAGGAACAAGAAGAACCAGCUCCAGAGGAAGUUAAAGAAGAAAACGAACAGAAUGUUCCGCCGAAACUGGAGGUUCCCUCUGACAUAUCACAAUUAGAAGCACCAGUUUUCACAACAAUUCAGCGUGGUCCUCCAGAGCCCAUGUUGCGGCUAGAGUGGGACCACCGAGCCAAUCUGAUUGGAGAGAAAGUCCUCAAUCCCAUGAUAUACUGCUGCGAUACUUGUUCCAAACCCAUACUCAUAUAUGGAAGAAUGAUACCAUGUAAACAUGUGUUUUGUUUGACAUGUGCUAGAGCAGACCACACUCAUUGCCCAAGGUGUAGAGAAAAGGUAUUAAGAGUGGAACAAACAGGUCUUGGGACUGUGUUUAUGUGCACACAUUCAGGAUCGAGGUACGGCAAUACUGGCUGUAGGAGGACCUAUUUAUCUCAGAGAGAUUUGCAAGCACACAUAAAUCACAGGCAUGUGUCUACAGGUGGAGAUGCCAAACCCGAGCCUGAGCAGACAUCUGUUAAUCUGGUUAAACCAUUAUCGGUUCCAAGUAAAGCUGGAGACCCCAGAUCUCAUAAUGCUGGUAUUGGAUCCCAUGCACACCAGCAUUCAGAGAGGCCAAGGGCAUCCAGGGCCAAUCUCAUAGCGGUGCCAAUACAUGAUCAUGAACCACACAAUUACUACAAUUAUUAUCAGCAGAGCCCGCAGCCGGUGCCGCCGCCCGCGGUGCCGGUGGCGGUGUCGAGCGUGUCGGUGCUGCACAGUAUGGCGGUGCCGCCGCCAUACUACGCCGCGCCUGGCUACUCCGCGCCGCCCAACACUUAUGUGGGACCCGGUACGACAAUGACAACAAACGUAGCGGGCGUAUCGCCAAUGCCGACUCCAGUACCGAUGCCUCCAGUUGCCAACAUGCCGGAUAAUUCCAGAUGGCCAGACACUUACCAACAAGCAACAUCUGUACCUCAGUGGCCGCAGAACCACUACUACAGGUAGCAUACGGAAGACAUGGAUGAAUACUACUUUGAUGAGAAUUAUGGCUAGAAAUAAUUGUGGAAAAAUAACAUUGGGAAUUACGAAACUGGACUCUUCGAAGCAGUUGUAUUCUGUGAGACGAUUGACUCAUUGCAGUUUGUUAACUUUUAGUGUACUGUGCAUUGGAUAUUGUGGUGGAACUAAGGAAUACUGUACUAUAAAAGUAGUAGUAUACUAUAGAAGUGGCUUGAAGCGACUGUACACAGAAUAAUUACUUGAUAACUGUUAAAAUAUGGUUACUUUCAAACUGCUACUCAAGCGUAUUUUUAUUUUUCGCUGUUCUGCGCGAAAAACAAGUCGGAAACAUAAUUUCUAAAAUUAGCAAUAAGAAUGUUAUAUUAUACUAAGGUUUAUCGAGAAAAGCAUCACUAUUGAUGCUUUUAUUAAAAUGUGUAUAAAUAAAACAUAUAUUAAAAUCAA